AUGUUCCCCACCAGGACUCAAAGUGCAAGAUCAUAUCUGACUCCUGUGCGGGAUGAGGAAGCAGAGUCGCUGAGGAAGGCGCGAUCCAGGCAGGCCCGCCAGACACGCAGGUCCACGCAGGGUGUGACACUGACAGACCUUCAGGAGGCAGAAAGAACCUUCAGCAGGUCCCGGGCAGAGCGACAAGCUCAGGAGCAGCACAGCGAGACGGCGGAGAGCACGGAGCCUGCUGAGGAGAGCAGGGAGAGGCAGGACACCCAGGAUGAUGAUGAAGUUGAUGGAAAUGAGGAGUUGAAGGAAACUCGGGGCCCUGGCCCAGGCAGCCCAGGGCAGGGGGGUGGAGUCCCCAUCCCU